AUGGCGUUCACACUCUAUACUCUCAUCCAAACGGCUAUUCUCUGUGUCAAUGCUGUUGCAGUGUUACAUGAAGAAAGGUUCCUUAGCAAAAUUGGGUGGAGUGCGCAACAUGGCACCGGAGGGUUUGGCGAUGACCCAUCGAUAAACGCUCAACUUCUGAUCCUGAUUCGUUCUGUCAAAACUGUUAUGAGAGUGCCGCUGAUUUUAGUGAAUUCAGUCUGCAUCGUUCUUCUGCUGCUGUUCGGCUGAUCCUUCCAGUCAUGGACUCGGGACACCUUCCAAGAGCCGAAAUCCAAAAGCCACUCUGAAAUAACUGGUCCAGUUUUAUGACAGAAUUAACCGAGACUGAUGAGAAAACAGUGAUGGAGAUAGGGGCAUCACGAUCAGUAGGCUACUGAUCAUGAUUAACGAUGCCAAUGCAACAUAAGGAUUACGCUACAUGUGAAAGACUAGGCACAAACUGUACACGCAUUUUUUAAGAUAAAUGUUUUAUACUUGUUUAAUAAACACGUAUGUGCUGAAA